AUGGGAACCAGUAUUGACGGGGAAAAAUACGUCCGUAAUUUAGCUUCUUAUAUUUAUACUCAUGAGAAACGUUUGGCAAAUGCUUCCAGUCAAUUCAUCAGUACUUCGAUUUUUAGUAGCCAGCCCGUCCAACUGCAUCUGACUCUUCACCAUUUGUACUUUUUGUUGACUCAAUUUGAGGACAUCGAUGUAAAUGCGGGCCCUCUGAAUAUCCGAAUUGAAAAUCUACACUCUGAAGCAUUUCCUAGCGACUACACUUCGUUUCUCAAAAAUCGUGCAUCUAGAAAAGUCGACUAUGAUGACAAUAUGAGCAUGAAGAGCGUCGCGACUAUUGGCAGUAUACUCUCUCAAGUGUCUUCUUUGUGGAGCCGGUUCUCCACUGCCUCAACCGAGUCGACCGAGCAUAGAAACAGACUGAAGCUUCUUUCUUUGAUACGAUAUAUUUAUUCCUCCUUUACCAAACUCCCAUUUUUAAGCCUUGUUUAUAAUCCGAAAGCAGUUCUCAUCUCUCAGUUUGAAGAAUUUCCUCUAGAUACCGCGGUGCCCGUUACGGUAUUUAAGAAUUUAUCUUCCCUGGAGGUCCGCGGCUACGACGUGCGAUCUAUUUAUGGAUGGAAUUCUCUCUCCUUAGGCUUGAAAAGUUUGGUUCUGCAUCGUUGUGAUCUGGUGGAUUUAUCCGAGGUGCUUAUAAAAUUGGUUCUUGAUGAUACUGAUUUGUACCGGUUUCGAUCAUCUAGACAGAAUAUGAGUCAAUCAUCUACCAUCAGUCAGAUUCGUUCUCCAGCAAAAUCGCUGAAUCUCCGGCGCUCGGUCUCUCUUGGAUCAAAAGAUCAGUCAAGCCCACAGCAUUCCAACAAUUUUCACCGCACUCUAUCUCAGUCCGUAUUAGUUUUGUCAAAAGAUGGUGGUAAUGAUUCUUCUAACCUAAGUGUCAAAAGUAAUGAGCCGUUAUCCGAUGCCGAAAGUGUAAUGUCAUCUCAUGCCUGGAGCCAACUCUUAUAUUUUCGUUGCUCUAACUGUAACCUCAAAUAUGUGUCCUCAAAAACGUUCUUACCUCUCGCGUCCCUUUUAUCUUUGGACUUAAGUGGCAAUCAGCUUGUCGAACUUCCAUCUGCUUUGGCUGAACUGCCACAGUUACGCUCCCUAAACUUGGCUAAUAACAAACUCGUUAAUUGUCGAACUUUAUAUCACAUUAAAAUACCUAAUUUACAAACCCUUGUCCUUGCGUGCAACCAGUUGAAGGAUCUGUCCGGUUUGGAAGCUGCUCCUACUUUGCAAAGGCUCGAUGUUCGUGAUAAUUUGAUUGUCGACCCGGUUGAAUUCCGUCGUCUCAUUGGAAAUACAAAUUUUGAGGAAGCAUACAUAUCUUCGAAUCCGUUUACAAAGACUAAUUCUUCACAUCGUAUAAUGAUAUUCAAUUAUUUUCGAGAGUUUCCAGAAUCCAAAGAUAUUUUACUUGAUGGACGAGGACCUAGCAUGCUUGAGAGAAUGUAUUUAGCUGAAAAGGCAACCCCAAGUACGAACCUAGGCAGUCGGUCAGCGGGAAGCGAUACGGGUGCCGUCAUUCAUCCUACUAAGUCUACUUUAAGGAGAACAAGCAAGACAAGGUUAGUCGAUUUAUCGUUACCUUCUGCCAACGUUUCCCGUGCACGAGCUGGAAGCGAUAUUUUAUCCACUCAAUCUGGAUCUUCUGUGACGAAACUUGGGACCUCAGAUGCUAGUCAUGAUGCUGGAGAAUCAUUUAGAAAAAAAAUUGAAGCUUUGCGACAGGAAGCAGGCAAUGAGUGGAUAGAAGCGUUAGUGCAAGAAAGCUUAACAAGACAAAAAAAUCAUGCAGAAAAAGAUUUAAACUAA